AUGAUUUCUCAUACAGAAGUUUUGAAGACUGUCUACCUGUUACUAGUUAUUACUGGAGUCCCAGGAAACUGUUAUCUCAUUUAUAGUUAUGGUUUCCAUUUCAUCACUCAGACCAAGCCCAAACACAUAGAUUUACUUCUAAUGCACUUGCUCUUUGUCAAUACUUUAUUUCUUCUCUUCCGGGGAAUUCCUUCAGCACUACACUCUUGGGGGUUAAAAUAUUUUUUGAAUGAUGUUGUAUGUAAGAUAACAAUUUACCUGCAAAGAGUAUACCGAGGUCUUACUCUCUGCAGUACCUGCCUCCUAAGUGGCUUUCAGACUAUAACCAUCAGUCCCAGUAGCCCCAAGUGGGCAGCCCUUAAAGCUAGAGGCCCCAAAUGUGUCUUUCCCUGCUGUGUUCUCUGCUGGAUCCUUAAUCUGCUCAUAGAUGCUGCUCUUCCUGUGUAUGCAAUUGGUCCAAGGAAUAACACAAAAAGCAAAUGGAGAAAUAAACUAGAUCAUUGCUCUUUAGACCCAUAUGCCACAAAUAUUUUAAAUAUUCAGCUCUGGAAGUCUAUUUAUGAUUCUAUAUUUGUGGCUUUCAUGGUCGUUUCCAGUGGCUACAUGGUUUAUGUCCUGCACAGACACCGUCAACGAGUACAACAUAUUCACAGCAUCAGCCCCACUCCCAGAGCCUCCCCUGAGAUCAAAGCCACAAAAGUCAUCAUGUUGCUGGUAAGCAUAUUUUUCUUCUUUAACACAACAUGUUCCAUCCUUACUACUUACAUUGAUUAUUCUCAAGUAACUGAUCCCUGGGCACAAAAUAUUGCAACAAUUAUGACCAUGUCUUUUCAAGCAGUCAGUCCUUUUGUGUUGAUCAGCAGUGACACCAGGAUCCCACAGAUAUUCCAUAGUUUCUUCCAAAGAAUGAAAUAUUCAUCUACAGCAACCUUACCCACAAUAUCACAUCAAACACCUAAAAUGUCAUAG